AUGGACCAGCUCAAGCCAGUGGUAGUGCCCCAGAGAAGAGGACUGAGGGGCAGCUGCUGGAAGGUGGCAGUGGCAGCCACGGCGGUGGGCACCGUGGCAGCUCUCUACCUGGGCAUCCUGCUGGCCUGCCAGCCCUCGGGGGAGACCAGCUUUGAGCACACGGUGGAGCUGCGAGGGAUCAGCUUCGACAGCAGCCUGCAGCUGGAGAGCUCAGACUACUACAGGGUGCUGACCCCUGCCCUCGAGAGGCUGUUCCUGUCCAGUGUCCAGGACUCACAGCUGGACUGGAGCUGCACAGGUUGCACCAUCCUGGGCUACAGGAGCGGCAACUCCAGCGUCCUCGUCCGCUUCCGCCUGCGCUUCAGCCCGCAGGACUCGCAGCCGCUGAGCUCCAGCCUGGAGGAGGAGGCUCUCAGGCAUGGGCUGGCAGCUGCCCUGCGGGAGCAGGGCCUGUCCCUGGCUGCCUACGGGACCAUAUCCUCAGCCUCCCUCACAGGUGGCAGUGAGGUUUCUCCCCACAGAGCUGGGCUGAAAUCAGGGAGCUGCCCUGCAGACGCCUUCACCUGCCACAACAGCCAGUGCGUGGGGAAGGCAAACCCCGAGUGCGACGGGCGGCAGGACUGCGCCGACGGCUCCGACGAGCGCGGCUGUGAGUGCGGGAGCCGCCCUGCCAUGCAGGCUGCCAGCAGGAUCGUGGGGGGCUCGGAGGCGUCCCGGGGGGAGUUCCCGUGGCAGGUCAGCCUGCGGGAGAACAACGAACACUACUGCGGCGCUGCCAUCCUGACGCGCAAGUGGUUGGUGUCCGCUGCCCACUGCUUCACCGAGUUUCAGGACCCGGCCAUGUGGGCAGCUUACACUGGCACCACGUCGCUGCGGGGCGCGGAGCGCGGGGCGGUGCAGCUGGGCAUAGCGCGGAUCAUCACCCACCCCUCCUACGACCCCGACACCGCCGACUACGACGUGGCCGUGCUGGAGCUGAAGAGACCUGUGCCCUUCACCAAGUACAUCCAGCCCGUCUGCCUGCCAGGAGCUGGGCACCACUUCCCCACCAGCAAGAAGUGCCUCAUCUCGGGCUGGGGCUACCUCAAGGAGGAUUUCUUGGUGAAGCCUGAGUUCCUGCAGAAAGCCACCGUGGAGCUGCUGGACCAGGCACUGUGUGCCAGCCUCUACAGCCAUGCCCUCACCGACAGGAUGAUGUGUGCUGGCUACCUGGAGGGCAAAGUCGACUCCUGCCAGGGGGACUCUGGGGGGCCCUUGGUGUGCCAGGAACCCUCUGGCAAGUUCUUCCUGGCGGGCAUCGUGAGCUGGGGCAUUGGCUGCGCCGAGGCCAGGCGGCCUGGCGUCUACACCCGCGUCACCAAGCUCCGCCACUGGAUCCUGGAGGCCAUCUCUGCCCUGCCCACCUCCAGCGACCACUCUGUGCCCCUGACAGACCCCAGCACCCACGGCCAGGUUGGCAGCAUGCCACAGCUCAACACCACCGCGGCCAUGCCCACUGCCACCGCAGCCACAGCUGCCAGCAAGCCACUGCCUGCAGCAGGGCCACAAGGGUGUGGAGCCCGCCCUGGGUUCUCCAAGCCCAGCAGGAUCGUGGGGGGAGCAGAAGCCUCCCCGGGAGAGGUGCCCUGGCAGGUCAGCCUGCGGGAAGCCUCGGGGCACUUCUGCGGAGCCACCAUCAUCGCCGAGCGCUGGCUGCUGUCCGCAGCUCACUGCUUCAACCAGACGAGCCCAGAGGAGCUGGAAGCUCAGGCGGGCACAACCUCACUGAACGGGAGCGAGGGGAGCAGAGUGAGAGCCAACAUCAGCAGGGUGCUGCAGCAUCCCCUCUACAACCCCAUACUGCUCGACUUCGACGUGGCGCUGCUGGAGCUGGCCACACCUCUGCCCUUCGGCAAGCACAUCCAACCCAUCUGCCUGCCAGCUGCCGCGCAGGACUUCCCCGUGGGCAAGAAGUGCCUCAUCUCCGGCUGGGGAGACCUCCAGGAGGGCAAUGGCACCAACUCGGAGACCCUGCAGAAAGCCUCUGUGGGCAUCAUCGAGCAGGAGACCUGCGACUUCCUCUACAACUUCUCCCUCACCGACAGGAUGCUCUGCGCUGGCUUCCUGCAGGGCAAGGUGGACUCCUGCCAGGGGGACUCGGGCGGACCCCUGGCCUGCGAGAUGACCCCAGGAGUGUUCUACCUGGCUGGCAUCGUGAGCUGGGGCAUUGGCUGUGCCCAGGCCAUGCAGCCUGGGGUGUACUCCAGAAUCACCAAGGUCAGGGACUGGAUCCUGGAUACCAUCUCACAGCUGCCCAGGCCUGGCACGGGCAGCCCUUCCAGCUCAGCCAUCACCACAACUUCCACUGCAGCCAUGCCCCCCCAGCAGCCCAGCACAGCAGCUGCCAGUCCAGCCCCGGAGGUGGCAACGACCACAGCCAGCAACGCAACCUCCACGGCUCCGGAGCCCACUCAGCCUGCCAGGCCCACGCAGCCCCCAGUGGUGCCUUGUACCAGCCUCACCUUCAGGUGCUCCAGCAAGGUCUGCAUUGGCAAGGAGAACCCUGAGUGCGACGGCGUCCUGGACUGCAGCGACGGCUGGGACGAGCACGGCUGCGACUGCGGCUCAGCCCCCGCCGUGCCCGCCGUGCCCGCCGGCAGGAUCGUGGGCGGCAGCAGCGCGGCGCAGGGCGAGUGGCCCUGGCAGGUCAGCCUCUGGCUGCGGCGCAAGGAGCACAAGUGCGGAGCUGUCCUCAUCGCCGACCGCUGGCUGCUGUCUGCCGCUCACUGCUUCGACAUUUACAGCGACCCCAAGUCGUGGGUGGCCUUCCUGGGCACGGCGCUGCUGAGCGGGGCGGGGGGCUCGGCGCGGGACAUCUCCCGCAUCCACAAGCAUCCCUUCUACAACGUCUACAGCCUGGACUACGACGUGGCCCUGCUGGAGCUCAGCAGCCCUGUGCCCUUCAGCAGCACCAUCGGCCCCAUCUGCCUGCCAGACCCCUCCCACGUCUUCCCUGAGGGGGGCAGGUGCUUCAUCACGGGCUGGGGCUCCACCAAGGAAGGAGGCCUCAUGGCCAAGCACCUGCAGAAGGCAGCAGUGAACAUGAUUGCAGACCAGGCCUGCAAGAGGUUCUACCCAGUGCAGAUCAGCAGCAGGAUGCUGUGUGCUGGCUUCCCACAGGGCACCGUGGACAGCUGCUCAGGCGAUGCAGGAGGGCCCCUGGCGUGCAAAGAACCCUCAGGGAAGUGGUUCCUGGCAGGGAUCACGAGCUGGGGCUAUGGCUGUGCCAGGCCACACUUCCCUGGGGUCUACACCAAAGUCACAGCUGUGCAGGGCUGGAUUGCACAGAACCUCAAGCUCUGAAGCUGCCUCUCACCACUCAGGGACGGCAAGGAAGGAGAGGAGCCACUGCCAGGGGCUGUGCCCACCCCUCAGCUACUGCCCCUCCAUUGCUGCCAGCUGCAGAGGGGUGAGGGUGGCCUGCAGGUACAACUGGCAGCGUGGGGUGACCCACUGCAGCUGUGGCACCAGGACACUGGCUAACUGCUUUGCAUAGAGAGGUACAGCUCCAGGCAUGGGCUACAAAUAAACGAGGU